CCCAGGCUACAUUGCAACGUCUCUCUGUGAUGAUUUGGCAGUGGGCGGAGUCGGAAGUGCUGAGCUGGAUAACAGUGUCACAACAAUUAUUAACAUGACCAAGCUGGCAGAGUGGCUGCUAGGACUUUCCUUUCUUGGAGUGACCUGGAUCACCCUCACCUUUGACCUCCUGAGUUUGAACCUCCCUAGACCCUAUCAGCAGGUCAUCUGGCCUCUACCUGUCUACUUGCUAGUAGUGUUUGGCUGCUAUUCCCUGGCAACUAUUGGAUACAGAGUGGCUACUUUCAAUGACUGUGAGAAGGCAGCACAGGAGCUCCAAGAGCAGAUUAAGGACGCAAAGAAAGACCUGACCAGGAAGGGGUUUAAAUUCUAAUCAUCAUUUGGAGUUUAUAGAAAGAGUCUGAACUUUCCUUCUAAAGUCUCCUAAAUGGGAACAAAUUGUAUUUAUAUGCUCAAACUGAAGGUUUCCAGCUAUGCGCCAAGGGCAGCAAUGCAUAGUGGCACUACCGUGGUUGGUACAUGAUGAUGCUGUAGUAGAUACACUGCCACCAUUCCAUAAAUAAUUAAACUUUCUUUUUUUCUA